AUGAGGGGCGCCUCCGGCUCACGCAGGGAGGGGACCCCCUCCCCCAGAGCGUCCGCAGCCUCUGGGCUGACACUUGUGAUCGACCUGCUUUACACUCCGUUUUCCUUUAAAUUUCUAAAUCAAAUGCAUCAAGUAGUGUUGGCCUGCCUCCCGGGAUGGGGGGGUCCCAGCCCAGGGGAGACCCACACCCGUGCCCCCCGGGUCCCAGAUCCAGGCCUCAACUGCACAUCACACACCCAGGAAGCUCCCCAAACGCUGCUCCCCCGGAAUCUCCCCAAACCCCAGCAUGGCUGUCUGCAGAGAUGGCCCUCUACGGAGGUGACCAGGUGGGAUGGAGUCCCGAGGGUGGGAGCCCAGGGGUGCGCAGGAGAGGACCCGGUGAGGAGCGAGGCCCAGGGCCCACCCUGCAGCCCCGGCCCCGGCCUCCAGCCCCCGGGCCAUGACAGGUCAGCGUCUGUUGCUGAAGCUGUUGUCCGCGGGGCUCGUCAGCUGAGCUGA